AAAUUUGUCAUCAAGUUCGAUGAUUUUUUUUAUUUUUAGUCUCAUCUUAACACAAAAAAAAUUACAAACAUUUUGCGAAAACUGUUUCGGCGAAAAUCCAAACACAAGAAGAAACACAUGGAUUCUAAUCUGAGCCGGGUGUUGAAUCAGAACCGUCACCAGCUCAGUGGACAACUGAGUAAAUACACAAAUGUUGUUAAAGGCUGGCAAUUUCGAUGGUUUUCCGUAGACGCAGCAGCAGGCACUUUGAGUUAUUACUUGUGUGAAAGUGGAACUGAUGAGGGUAGCCCAAACAUCAUUGGUAACUCACCGAGAGGUCAGGUACAUUUAGCUAGUGCUGUCGUAUGCCCAAGUGAUGAGGAUUCCAGAACGUUUUCAUUAAGCUGUGCUUCUGGUGAUAUAUUGAAAUUACGUGCCACAGACGCCAGAGCUCGACAGGAAUGGGUAGACGGAUUGAGGGCAAUCGUUGAAUGUCACACAUUGGCUAUGGGAUCUGCUUCGCUACCACCACGGGAAAGUUUAGCAGCGUCCGAUGCUUUAGGAGCAGCUAGACAACAACUACAACACACUGAAUUAUGUAAUGCAUCGUUGGCUCGGUCAGUGGAAAAUGCGCAGGCACCUUUAAGUCCAACUGAUCCAGACUUACUAUACUUAAAAGCUGUUUCGGCUGCCAGUACACAUUGCUUACUACAGUGCUUGGGUUUACUACAAAGACAUCAAGAAAUUCAGGACAAUCGUUCAGAGUCUGCUUUCUAAGUUUGUUGGAAUCGGUCGAAACGUUGAGUUUCUAUUCGGCCCGUACAUUUUUAUUUUCUUGUAAAUUGUUGAAACAAAAUUCGAAAAAUGGAAAAACGAUACGUGUAGACAUCGGCCUAAGUAUUUGAACUAUAUGAGUGGUCAGUGGUCAUCAUAAAUUGUGGUUUUUGGACAUCAAUCUAAUAUCAAAUUUACAUUCCUUGCGAUAAAUUCUGCUAAUUUAAAUUGCCAAAGUUAAUUUUUCGAACUUUUUCAAGUUAUGUCGUGCUGUUUAAGAUUGUGACACCGUAAAUGUUUUUAAAUUGAGAAACGCAAAGCCAUUGCUUUUCUGCACAAGAAUUUAUGCUUAACGACUAAUGAUUCUAAAAAAAUGCAAAGUUUACGAAAAAUAAAAUAAAAUUUUAAGAGUUGA